CUGAGGAGGAAAACAAACCUUUUUGCGAUUUACUGAUUCCGUUACUUCGACGUUUCACUCCAGAGUUUUGUUAUUUGCUCCAGAGAGUACUACUUUCAGCUAGGGCUUAAGAAUUCGCUCAAGUCAGAUUGUAUUAAGUCAAAUUUGUGCGAUUUGCUGUAACCCUUUCAAAGUUUCAUAAUGAGUCACGUCGAAGUGAAAAACCUUGAGCCUACCACUUUCGAGGAUCGUUAUUAUGAUGAAUAUGAAUACUACAACUUGACGGAUCGUUACACAGAGUGUGCAAGUCGGAAAGGACGCUCAAAGAAGGAGGCGAGCUGCAACACCAACAGACACAACCCAGGCGGUCACGAGAGGAAGAUCGUCGAGAAGCUUCAGAACUCUGAGAAGAAGGCCAAGGAGUGAAAGCCAUGGAGACGGAAUUGGACUGGUAUUACUGGCUACCGACCAUGGGCGCCUUGGCGACGGAUCUGGGACAGACGGCAGAAGUAACAGUUACGUGAACUCCAAAUGGGUUGAGAGGGUGGUGGAUGAUUGAAUGGCACUAGGAGUGACGCUUUGGGGCCCAGUGUUUUUUGUAUGGAGGAAGCUGUGUUUGUCGGACGCUACAACUGCAGCUGCCACGCUUGAGUUGUGUUUAAGUUUGUGCAUGUGAUACGCGAGUCACUUGUACUGAUGGGUCGCACCUGCUUAGGUGCUAGAGUUGCGAUGGUGAAAGGCUGUUUUCUUUUUCUUUUCUUUUUAAGAAUGAAAUUCCGAAUUUUUAAUGGAAAUUUUCUUAAGUAAAUGUUUGUGUCUGAAUGGCUUUUAAGAACACAAUUAAAACUUGUUUUUAAUGAUA